AUGAGGAGCCAGUUCUCGGCGGCGGACGCACUCAUAUCAACGGACUAUAUGGUAUUAUUGGAGACUAUCGGCCAGCGACUGGAUCAGUUUGAUCCGGCGCUUGUAGUAUUCAAACUAAAGCACCCCUCGGGUGACGAUAUAUACACUCUCCCCACAGAGAUUCAAUGGAGGAAGCCGCCCACCACCAACGGCAAAUGGAUGCGUUGCUGGAUGCGCUGGGGGAGCAGCAGCGAUUUUUACUACAGAAUCGGCGACGAGGAGCUCGAGGAAGAUGAUUAUGAUGUAGUCGAUGAACGAAGAUAG